CUCUACUUUGUAUGACUGUUCUUCGAGUGGAACGAAAUACCCCAAAAGGAAGAGAACCAAGUUUUCAUUUCGAAAAUAGAAAAAUAAACCUGUGCCGUUUGUUGAUUUGUUUUUUUUAUUAAAAAAAAAUAAAUUUUUUCAUCCAUUUUUGGAGGGAUCUCGAUCUAUUUUGUGACGAAAAGUGACGCGAGGGAAAUCUUGGAAUACCGGGUCGACCGAGCUCGUCCCGUGGAAGAAUGUGAUCGUCAGGUUUUGAGUAAAGAAGAAGAGGAGGGAGAAGAAGACGAGCCACGUUGAUGAUUUAAGUUUUUUGGGGGAAGAAAAACUUCACGUACGACCAUGAAGUCCUCCAAUUUAAGGUGGAUUUACCUUAUUUGCAUAAUUGAAGGGAUAUCCAACCAGGAAAUCACCCAAAAGCAACACAAACGACAAAUUUACAGAGAGCAGGUUCUGCCCGCUCUCGGGGGGAAAAUUCCUGAAGAAGCUUUCAGGACCGACAGAUUAGCGUUGAAUCGUUUGAACAAACAAGGAAUCACCGUUAUCGAUGGAGUUUUGUUGGAAGCGAGAGAAGAUGGGAAACAUCCUGAUAACGUGCGAUCCAAGCCCGAGAUUAUACAGGUUUACGUAACGCAAGAUUCUCGCUACGUGCCACCGGAAGGCCGGGCCCACAACGAUCGUCCAAAAUCGGUUGACACAACCUACGUGAUAAGGAAGCCGAUCUGCGGCCAUUGCGAUCACACUGAAAGGUCAAGAUUGAACGGAAUACCGACGUCGCUACCGGAACAGCGCAGUAACGAUCGCCAUCAGCACUCGAGACCCGGGACUCAAGUCAGAAUUCCCCAAAACACGGGCGGCUAUCGCGAGCCUGGAAUUUUUCCAGGCGCCAAAGCUGCUGCUCCGCCAUCUCGACAAGGCGCCGCGAAUCCUCAGAAGUCUCAAGGAUACGCAAAUUAUCAUCGGUUUUAUCCACCGGUCACGACCAACGGUUUGCUCCAGCAGCAACGCCAUUAUCAAACGAUUUACAAACCGAUCGUUACGCCUCUCGUUAUACCGGCUCGAGAAUUAACCUUCUCGAAAGGCAACAAUGUCUACCACAAAGUUAACGAGCAUCCUCCAUCUUGGCAACUGAAUUAUGACUGGCGGCCAUUUUAUCAACAAACGCCGAUCGUUCUGCAGGACAGUGGCGAUUUAUUUUUCAACUCCCAUCAGAUAUUCACGGAUUACGAAGGAUUUUUCAAUGGCUUCCACGGACGUUCGUAUCGUCACAUCGACCCAUUGAACAAAGGAAGCGAAAAGAUUUUUCUGAAAGACUCGAAAGGAGAGUCGGGGGAGAAAAAUAUUUUGAAUCUCGAGCAAAGAACUUCUGUUAAUGGUACCACCGGAAAAUGGAAAAUUCCGAAGUUUUCGUCCGUCUCGAAUGGAAAAUUAUUGACGACCUACACGGAUCUUCCGAGUAUACCGGAAACGAGUUUUUCCUGUUCAGGAAGAAAAGGGACUUUUGCUGACGUCGAAACGAAUUGUCAGGUAUUUCACGAGUGUUCCGGCUGGUCGAAAACGAGCUCACUUUGCCCCAUCGGAACUGCUUACAGCGUGUCGAAAAAACGGUGCGAAUGGUGGGAUACCGUGACUUGUGGAUCUGAAUACCCAGAGGGAGGCUGCUCUGCACUCGAGACGUAUGGACCUGGCGCAGUUACGGUUUACCUCAACGUCAAACUCUACUCGAUCAUGGCGGCGUCAACAGCUAAACUCACGAGCUACCGAGAUACCUUUUCGAUCAUUGCUAUUUUUUAUCUUGUGGGGUGUGAUGUAGCUAUGACGCAGGAUCAUCGAUUCAGGAUCAAUGUCUACGACGAUUAUCCUCAAGAGCAACCAACCCAGUACCAGAAUUAUCGCCAAUAUCAAUACGAAGAUCAGUAUGAAAAUCUGCAGGAUGAUCGUUAUCAGAAACCGCAGGUUGAUCGUUAUCAGAAACCACAGGAAGAUCGCUAUCAUAAUCGCUACGAGGAGCCUUAUCGACAACCUUAUCAACAAUACCAGGAACGUUAUCAACCUGUUUACAAAAAACCAGUUGAGCCUAAAAAAAAGUCUAAGGAGCAACAAGAUUUUUCGAAAAUUCCUGGCGUUCCCGGAGUCGACUUUCCGAUCUAUCAUACUGUACCACACACGAGCUUUUCGUGCUCCAAAGUUCCAUACCUUCCAGGCAUGUACGCCAACGUGGAAACUGGCUGUCAGGCCUAUCACACCUGCCACGAUGGUAGGGAAGGCGACCAAGGAGCAGCCUUCCUGUGCAGCAAUGGCACUCUCUUCAAUCAACACGAAUUUGCCUGUGAUUGGUGGUAUAACGUCAACUGCAACGAUGCUACGAAAUUAUACAAGUUGAACGGAGACGCGACGACAAAUCCUUUCGUCCCGAAAGCGAAGAAGGACGAGAUUCUCGCAGAGAGGUUGAAGAUCGUGGUAUUUUAAUGAAUUUUAAUACAGACCAAAAUCAGCGAUGAAAGAGGCUGUCAAAAGCUGUAAUUAAAUACGUAGUUCUCUGUACAUUUUGUAAAUUAUUAUUACAAAUAAACGAAAUUUUUUAUUCAAUCCUCA